AUGGAUCAAAUUCUGUCAGCAACAUACGCGGACAUCGACGUGACCAGCAAGAUCCGCGAGCGUUGCGAGCAACAGAAGCACUUAGGGCGUGUUUUCUUCAAGGACUUCGUGCCCGAUCUGGUAGAGGAUGACCCGCGCCCGGGUGUCCGGAAGUUCUUGAUGGUGCAAUUUCAGGAUGGUACUCAAACAACAUGCGGUGAUGGGGAUGGUUUCGAGUGGAUUCACGACAAAGCCUUGCACGAGAGCAUCGUUGGGCGAACUUAUGAGCAUCACGAGUAUAUUGCCAAAGCCAUUUAUGCCUCCGGAGAUCAUCCAGCGCCGCAGGUGGACGUCACCAACAAAGUCCGGACUCUGUUCGAUGAUGCUGGAGCAAAAAGCACAGAUGUCUUCAAACUUUCUGAUUUCAACAGCCAUUUUGGAAAUCCGAAUCCUGAUGCAUCGAAGAUGUUGGAGAUUACGCUGCAAGAUGGUCGCGUGUUCUUCUACGAUGAAGAUGAGGAGUGUGCUUUACCGCAUGGGAGGCCAAAAACCGACAAUACCUCGCAUCUACGGUGGCAAAAGUUUGGCGAAGAGAAAGUGAUGAGUGAGGCAGAGCUUCUGGAAACUUUGCGUGGUGCAGGAAUCACGUACGAUUCGAAGUACCGGGUAUGUGAUAAGAACCCAGUGGGUGCGAUACAGGAAUUUUGCAAGAAGCACGGCAAAGUUUUCCGAUGCCCCUGGUAUAACUUUGUUGACCACGACGAUUGGCAAUGGCGCAAGCUCUACUGGGCGCGACCGCGGCAGAUCAAUCCUGAAGCCGUUCUCUUUCUAGAUGGCUGCAAUGUUACAGACACCAGACAGGAGCCCUUGUCUGCACAGGGAGGUUUGGAGGUUUGCUGCUUCUCUGGGUAG